CAGUGGGAAGGAGGAGACAAGAUGGCGCUGCGGGCGAUGCGGGGGAUCGUGAACGGGGCCGCGCCCGAACUGCCUGUGCCCGCCGGCGGGCCUGCGCUGGGGUCUCGGGAGCAGGCGCUGGCCGUGGGCCGGAACUAUCUCUCCCAGCCUCGCCUCACAUACAAGACAGUAUCAGGAGUCAAUGGUCCACUAGUGAUCUUAGAUCAUGUUAAGUUUCCCAGAUAUGCUGAGAUUGUCCACUUGACAUUACCUGAUGGCACGAAGAGAAGUGGGCAAGUUCUAGAAGUUAGUGGUUCCAAAGCAGUGGUUCAGGUGUUUGAAGGGACUUCAGGUAUAGAUGCCAAGAAAACAUCCUGUGAGUUUACUGGGGAUAUUCUCCGAACGCCAGUGUCCGAGGACAUGCUUGGUCGAGUAUUCAAUGGAUCAGGAAAACCCAUUGACAGAGGUCCUGUGGUACUGGCUGAAGACUUCCUUGACAUCAUGGGCCAGCCAAUCAAUCCUCAAUGUCGAAUCUACCCAGAGGAGAUGAUUCAGACCGGCAUUUCGGCCAUAGAUGGCAUGAACAGUAUUGCUAGGGGGCAGAAAAUUCCUAUCUUCUCUGCUGCUGGCUUACCACACAACGAGAUAGCAGCUCAAAUCUGUCGCCAGGCUGGUUUGGUAAAGAAAUCCAAAGAUGUAGUGGACUACAGUGAAGAAAAUUUUGCAAUUGUCUUUGCUGCUAUGGGUGUAAAUAUGGAAACUGCCCGGUUCUUCAAAUCUGACUUUGAAGAAAAUGGCUCCAUGGACAAUGUCUGCCUCUUUUUGAACUUGGCUAAUGACCCAACUAUUGAGCGGAUUAUCACUCCUCGCUUGGCUCUGACCACAGCCGAGUUUCUGGCCUAUCAGUGUGAGAAACAUGUGCUGGUCAUCCUAACAGACAUGAGCUCUUAUGCGGAAGCGCUUCGAGAGGUUUCAGCGGCCCGGGAAGAAGUUCCUGGUCGACGAGGUUUCCCAGGUUACAUGUACACAGAUUUAUCCACAAUAUAUGAACGGGCUGGUCGCGUGGAAGGCAGAAAUGGCUCUAUUACUCAGAUCCCUAUUCUCACCAUGCCUAACGAUGAUAUCACUCACCCCAUCCCUGACUUGACUGGGUAUAUUACAGAAGGGCAGAUCUAUGUGGACAGACAGCUACACAACAGACAGAUUUACCCACCUAUUAAUGUGCUGCCCUCGUUAUCCCGGUUGAUGAAGUCUGCUAUUGGAGAAGGUAUGACCAGGAAGGAUCAUGCCGAUGUGUCUAACCAGCUGUAUGCAUGCUAUGCUAUUGGUAAGGAUGUACAAGCCAUGAAAGCCGUAGUUGGAGAAGAAGCCCUUACCUCUGAUGAUCUUCUUUACUUGGAGUUUCUGCAGAAGUUUGAGAGGAACUUUAUUGCUCAGGGUCCUUACGAAAACCGCACUGUCUAUGAGACUUUGGACAUUGGCUGGCAACUGCUCCGAAUCUUCCCCAAAGAAAUGCUGAAGAGAAUCCCUCAGAGCACCCUGAGCGAGUUUUACCCUCGAGACUCUGCAAAACAUUAGCUGCUGCUUCAUCGCUGGCUCGAUCCUGUUGUGAAGUACUGGUCCUGUUUUCUGUAUUCCUUCUGCACUCCCUCAUCCCCACCUUUUGUGUUAGUGUUUACUGUGUUACCCUGUAAUUAAAAACAACAGGUAACAUAUUUUGCCGGUGUUGCAAUGUUUUAAACUGCUAACAGACUUUAAAAUAUCCCGUUGAGAAAAUCUGGAUCUUCAGUGCUUUGUUUAAAGUAGCUUCUGGGGCGGAGUUGAAGUCUUACUGAUGCGUGGAUUUGUACACACUGCUGUAGUCACUUGUCUAAUCAUGUUCUAUUAUUUGGGUCUCCUAGAUCUUCCUUCUGCACUUCCUCAAGAGUGUCACUAUCUGAAGUUACAGUGCUUUGAUCUCCAGAUUAGGGGAGGGACCAGGUCUGAAGAAGCUUCGUCUAGGAAGAGCCCAGAGGCGCUUUGAUGAGCAUUUGGGUUUGGAUUGUGGUGUGCCCCCAAGUCUGUGCUCUGCUCUAAGCAGAUGCUUUUUACUGUCCACCUGCUCUGUCCUACUUAAUGACUAGAUUAGAAAAGGAGUUUCCUUUUCCUCUUUAGUGCGUAUGAGUUGGGGUGCCUGUGUCUUACUCUUCUCCCUCCCUCUGAGUAACAGAAUCAUGCAGCUUUUGCACAGCUGGCAUUGAUCUGAUAGUAGCAAGAUGCUAUGUCUUGAUGAUCCUUACUGGGUUUCCAUGCAGAAGAAUCAUAAUUAAAAUAACUAAUUGAAUUGUUGCUUAGAAAGAGUUAGGGUAUAUUAAAAAAGGAAGAAAGAAAAACCUCUAUGUGUUCAACAUUCGGACAUGCUAACAGUGGUUUAAGUUUCUAAAGUGCUUACCAGAUGCUGAAGGGGAGGAGAAAGCUCUUCUGUGUAUGAAUAUUUUAAGCCCUGUUAGAGAGCAGCCUUUGAAAACUCCCCUGUCUGGUCCUGCUUUCUGACCUAUGUCUGCCUUUUCAGGGUAAUCUUGUGGCUCAAGUGAUAGCAUUUAAAAGCUUUAGCCUUUUAAUCCUGCUUCUUCCAAUUGUGAGCCAUGAGCUGCUUCAGUGCACUUCUGCCAUGUCUACUGUUUGGUCUCUUUGUGCUCUUCAUUACUUGGGUGCAAUAGCAACUUCUCUACUCUGUGCAUUCCAUCUUUCAAAUUAUGUAAAGUUCUUCAUUUUUUUCUCUGAGGGUGUAGGGGUGGGGGAGUCAGCAUGAUUACAUUUUAAUGUAGAAAAUGUGACAUCUGGAUAUAAAAUGAAAAUAAAUAUUAAAUUAAAUGGAA